UUCACUUCAGAGUUGUGAAAUUAUAUCAUUAUGAGUAAAUUAUGUUCCACUAGUUCCACACAUUGUUGUUCCUCUUUCUUUGCUGUACCAUAGAAUGGAGCAGAUUAUGGAUAACAAUGUCCGGGAUAUUGAACAAAAGAUUAUGUAAUUGUGCGUUGCUUGGAAUUGCGCAAUUACCUAAACCUCGCUGGAUAAUGAUAUGCAUGAAUCCACCACAUGAAUCAAUUCCAGACAGACUAAACUACCUGUCAAAUAAAAUCAGAAACCAGUUUUUGGCAAAGUGGAUAAAUUAGACCUAAACUAAUCUUAUAACUUUUUCUCACUAUUAUAAUUUUUUUAACAAAUUUUCCCUGUACUGGUUUUCCCUGUCCGUCUAUACAUAUAGAAGGUGUGGUUUUGUUUACAUACUUUGCAUAAAUAUAAUACAUAUACAUACGCAGUUGUGGCGAUUAGUUUGUCAGUUGAUCAAAAAUGAAGUGGCCACUGUUACAUAUCACCAUCUCCGCCAAGGAGCUGUGUCAAGCCUUGGUAAGGGAACUGCUGGGGUCAUGCCUUCUGAUCGUGAUGGGGUGUGGAAGUGUCCUCGCUGCACAGUUCGGAAAUCCACAAACAUUUAACAUAACCGGAGCCUCGCUUUGCUGGGGGAUCACUGUAGCGACACUUGCCUUGAGCCUCCAAUGCCACAUGAAUCCCGCUGUGACCAUCGCUCUCGCAUCAAUCGGUCAAAUUUCCAUUCCAACUGGAGCUCUCUACAUUGUCACACAAUGUGCUGGUACGACUUUGGGGGCCCAAAUCCUGGUGGGCCUUACCCCCAAAAAUUUUACUUGGGCCUUGGGAGCUACCCAGUUGAAUAGCGUGUCACAACUCCAAGGUUUUGGAAUGGAAAUCAUCUCAACUUUCCUCCUCCUCUUGGUAAUUUCUGGUGCCAAUGAUAAGACUCGGAAUGCUCAACAGGGAUCAGCACCUCUUGCAAUCGGCCUCUGUGUAACGGCGCUGAUAUUGUUUUGUGGUCCUUUCACGGGAGCAAGUAUGAACCCUGCGAGAUCAUUUGGCCCCUCUCUCAUCACCGGAAAUUGGAAGAAUCACUGGCUUUAUUGGGCAGGCCCGAUCAUCGGAGCGGUCGCGGGUGUUGUCUGUUACCAUUUCUUAUUCCAGUCGUCCGAAAAGUCCGAUAUCCGACAGGAAGAAAUUAUUAAAACGGGAAAUAAUGACCAAAACAAGAAAAUGCAGUCCAUCGGAGGAGAAAACAAUCCCAGCUUUGCAUAAAGUCUUAAACGACUCGUGGGCGAAACUAUCUUGUUUAUGAAACAAUUAAACUGUAGAGUAAGAUAAUUAUAGGAUAAAUAGUUAAGAACUUGUUUUCAUACUCGACGGUCAAAAUUUUCCACUAUAAUAAAAUAAUCCUGUAAAUAGAGUGAUGGGUAUUGAUCAGUUCAAUAUUUCAUGUAAUUGCAGGCACUUCCGACAAUGUUCUUCCUACGUAGGUAGGAAAUUUGGUAGUCAAUAUAAGCGUGUGCUCAGUGAUAUACAAUUUGAAAUUACAUUAUAUAAUUUGAAAUCGCAUUACGCUGACAGAGUCACCUUUUCUAUGGUUUUGGUCACACUGGUUCUGGACAUAAUCUGCUGAAUAAGUGAAAUAGACGUCAGCAGACGUGGCUAAUCACGUUAAAAAUACAUCAACCAUUUCCUCGUUUACUGAGAAACAUUAUCACGAAAUAACUUAUACAGCAGAAUUUUACGCUGAAUUUUGACAGACAACGGGGCUAAUUACCCCCUUGAGGUCAACCAUUGUUCAAGUAGGUUUAAAUGUAAAUGACCACCGCUUAGCUUAUGCAUAAGCUAAACGGUGGUCAAUUUACUUUUGGGUUGGUUCUUCUGCGAAGAAAGGUAUUCGACAUUUGUAAGAAGAAAAAAGCAAUAAGAGCGGUCCGACAAGUACGAAAAAAUGCAUGAUUGGAAAAAACAAAGUUCUUGAGAGCCUAAAUUACUUGAAUUAUUUCAGACCCUUGCUGUGGAAUUGAAAAUCAGCAUAAUCACUUCCAUUUCAGAUUAAAUUGUGUUUGUUGUAUCCACCUUGAAAGCAAAUGUCUUUCCUGAAAAUUUUACGCGAGAUUAGUCCAAAUUGCUAUAUAUGUUCAAAGCUCAAAUUCUAUUGUCCAGUCUAGAAAAAUGUUUCGAGAAAGGAAAAUCAGUUCGCCCAAGCGAUUUGAGGAGAAAGUCGUCGACUUUGAUAUAAAAAAGCUACAUGGUAAUUGUUUCACAUAAUGUAACGCACUAACGCCAUAUUUUCAAAAAACUUUUUACAUAUGAACGUAUCCGAAUAGAGAUAUAUUGGUUUAUUAGGAUACACUAAUUAAUCUGAUUAAAUAUAUAGUUUCCUUGUAUUAAUAAGUUAUGACAUUUCUUUAUUAAUUAAUAAAAGUGUAUAGUGAAACGGUUUA